GUAAGUGAUGUUAAUGAUGAUGUCAGGAGAGCAGCAGUAGAAUCACUUGGCUUCAUUUUAUUCAGGACCCCUGAACAGUGUCCAAGUGUUGUUUCUUUGUUGUCAGAGAGUUACAACCCUCAUGUUCGAUAUGGGGCUGCAAUGGCCCUGGGGAUCUGCUGUGCUGGUACAGGAAACAAGGAAGCAAUUAAUUUACUAGAGCCAAUGACAAAUGACCCUGUGAACUACGUGAGGCAAGGGGCCCUGAUAGCCUCAGCUCUCAUCAUGAUCCAGCAGACCGAAAUCACUUGUCCAAAGGUGAAUCAGUUCAGGCAGCUGUAUUCCAAAGUCAUCAAUGACAAGCAUGAUGAUGUCAUGGCCAAAUUUGGCGCUAUUCUGGCCCAAGGCAUACUGGAUGCAGGUGGUCACAAUGUCACAAUCUCCUUACAGUCCAGGACUGGGCACACUCAUAUGCCUUCUGUGGUUGGCGUCCUUGUUUUUACCCAGUUCUGGUUCUGGUUUCCCCUUUCGCACUUCCUGUCAUUGGCUUAUACCCCUACCUGUGUCAUUGGCCUUAAUAAGGACUUAAAGAUGCCAAAAGUUCAAUAUAAAUCAAAUUGUAAACCAUCCACAUUCGCAUAUCCUGCCCCUCUGGAAGUACCAAAAGAAAAAGAAAAGGAAAAGGUCUCCACUGCUGUGUUGUCUAUUACUGCCAAAGCUAAAAAAAAGGAAAAAGAAAAAGAAAAAAAGGAAGAAGAGAAGAUGGAAGUGGAUGAAGCAGAAAAGAAGGAAGAGAAAGAGAAGAAAAAAGAACCUGAACCAAACUUCCAGCUGUUGGAUAAUCCAGCACGAGUUAUGCCUGCCCAGCUAAAGGUCUUAACCAUGACAGAGACCUGCAGAUACCAGCCUUUCAAACCACUCUCCAUUGGAGGCAUCAUAAUUCUGAAAGACACCAGUGAAGACAUUGAAGAACUUGUUGAACCUGUGGCAGCACACGGCCCGAAAAUUGAAGAGGAGGAACAAGAGCCAGAGCCCCCAGAGCCAUUUGAGUAUAUUGAUGAUUAAGGACCAAGGGAUUUCACAUUCUCAGCUGAAGAUGUCUAUCCUGGCACAUACUGCGAUGUCUGUGAGGGAACCCACACUAGACCUACUCGAUGCACGCAUCAUUGCUAUGCUGACCUACAGAACCUGUGUCCCGAGUCUUUGGUUGAGAAGAAGAUAACAUGACUGUUUAGUGUGCUCUUUCACAGAAUUUGGUUUUCAAAUAAAUAUGUUAAAAUCUCCAGAUCAACAAGA